AAAGCUUUGAAAAGUGAAAAUUGUAAACUUACUAACUUAAAACUUUCAAACAACAAAAUAGGUGAUGAAGGUGGAAAAUAUCUUAGUGAAGCCUUACAAAGUAAGAAUUGUAAACUUACUGAAUUGGGUCUUAGUUCUAACAGUAUAGAAGGCGAAGGUGCGAAAUCUCUUAGUGAAGCUUUGAAAAGUGAGAAUUGUAAACUUACUAAAUUGCCUCUUUAUUAUAACAAUAUAGGUUAUGAAGGUGCAAAAUAUCUUAGUGAAGCAUUGAAAAGUGAGAAUUGUAAACUUACUCUAUUGUAUCUUGAUAACAACAAGAUAGGUGAUGAAGGCGCUAAAUAUCUUAGUGAAGCUUUGAAAAGUGAGAAUUGUAAACUUACUAAAUUAGAUCUUGAAACUAACGAAAUAGGUGAUAAAGGUGCAAAGUGUCUUAGUGAAGCUUUGAAAAGUGAGAAUUGUAAACUUACUGAAUUGUCUCUUGAAUAUAACAAUAUAGGUGAUGAAGGUGCAAAAUAUCUUAGUGAAGCAUUGAAAAGUGAGAAUUGUAAACUUACUCAAUUGAAUCUUUAUUGACAACAAUAAAGGUGAUGAAGGCGCUAAAUUUCUUAUUGAAGCUUUGAAAA